AUGUCACGUCCACUUCUCCGGCCGCUGCGCUCCUGUCGCAGUCCACUUCUCUCCUCCUCCCGUUGCUCUCAGAAAACAUUCCUCCCAUACAUCACCGCCCCAAUCUCCCGCAGCCAACAACACCUCCGUCAACCCGCGCUCCCAUCCCAUUCUCCUAACCACCGUGCCUACCACUCCCACCAUCACCCCGACCCCCCGCCCCAUGAAUACACCAAUUCGCAAACAACUAUCCUCUCCGCUGCCCUGAAGCAUGUCCCCACCCUCGGCUUCACCCGGGACGCCCUCACCCUCGGCGCCCGCGACACGGGCUUCCUAGACGUCUCCAUCCAGCUCCUCCCCCGCGGCGAAUUCGACCUCAUCCUAUUCUGGCUCGCCAGUCGACGAGGUCUCCUUCGCGCGGCCGUUGAACAGAAAGGUCUCCUAGCGGGAUCUCAAUUCGUCUCCGUUGAGGACAAGACCAAGGAAUUGAUCAUGGAGCGGCUGCGGAUGAACUCGGAUAUCCGGCAUCAAUGGCAAGAUGCUCUAGCGCUCAUGUCCAUGCCCUCAAACAUCCCGCUCUCCCUCUCCGAACUGCACGCCCUCUCCUCGGAUAUCCUCCAUCUAGCGGGCGACACCUCCGUCGAUGCGUCCUGGUACACGAAGCGUCUCUCUGUUAGUGCGAUAUAUGCCUCUGCGGAGGUGGUCAUGACCCGGGACUCCAGCCCCGAUCUCUCAGCCACAGAGGCGUUCGUUACUCGGCGGGUUGAGGAUAGCAAAGCCAUUGGGGAUAAGCUCGGCGGUGCGAAGCAGUGCUUGGGGUUCAUGGGGACGACGGCCGUAGGCCUGGGGAGGAGCUGGGGGCUGAAGAUCUGA